AUGGUCAUGUAAUAUUUUCUUUGAUUUCAGAACAAUGUAAAAGCCAGCUUGGUAUGGAAGAUGGCCGUAUAACAGACGACAGAAUAACUGCUAGUUCAACACACGACUAUAGAUCUGUCGGACCACAAAACUCUAGAAUCCGCAAAGAGAAGAGUGGAGGUGCUUGGUGUCCUAAUGCGCUUGUCGAUAAAGACUCGUACGAGUACCUGCAAAUUGAUCUCCUGAAACUUAUGGUCAUAACGAAGGUCGAAGUUCAAGGUCGUUUUGGGAAUGGAAAUGUAAGUAAAACCUUAUACACUCAGUUAUUAACUAGUCUGUCUUACCUUAAAGGUUGAUUCAAAUAUUACAUG